AUGGCGACAUCGUCCGCGGGAGUCUUCAAUGCUUCCAAACUGGCCAUCAUCUUUGCUCUGUUGUGUUCGCUAUAUGUGUUCCGCGACAUCUGGCUCCCAUCGACGCCUACCACGCCGGUGCAUCCCACAGCAACCCCUCAGUCGUCAGCUCCGCCCGUCGAAAGCGAAUUGACUCUCAACCACACCACGCCAACUGAACAUGUCGCCGACUGCCUCAAUGCGCCGGGCGCUGAUCGCGUCAUGAUUGUGCUCAAGACUGGUGCAUCAGAGAUCUACGAGAAACUGCCUACCCACCUUAUCACUCUGUUCAGAUGCACCCAACACUACCUCAUUUUCUCCGACCUGCCCCAAACUUAUUCCGACUACCAGAUCCACGAUGCUCUGGCCACCGUCAGCAACCAGUACAAGGACGAACACGAAGACUUUGAGGUCUAUCGCAAGCUGCAAAAGUACCACCGCGAGGGUCAGAAUGUUGCCAAGCUGAAGGGCGACAAGGGAUGGAACCUUGACAAGUGGAAGUUCCUCCCCAUGAUGCACGAAACAUAUCGAUUGGCUUCUCCAGACGUUGAUUGGUUUGUCUAUAUCGAGGCCGAUACCAGUAUGAGUUGGACAAAUCUACUACAAUUCCUCGAACGAAUGGACCCAAAGAAGCCGCUGUACCUAGGUGCGCAGAACGUUAUUGGUCAUACCACUUUCGCUCACGGUGGCUCUGGCUUCAUCAUCUCGCGCGCCGCAGCCAAAAAGAUUGAGAAUCGCAGGAACAAGAUCGGUGUCAAGAAGUACGAUGACCGAUGGGAGCUAUCAACGAGCUUAUCCUGCUGUGGUGACGAAGUUGUCGCGCGCGCAUUGGUCGAGGUUGAUGUUGAGUUGACACCUUCGUGGCCUCGUCUUCAAGGCGAGACUGUCGAUACACUUGACUGGACUGAGAAGCACUGGUGUACCCCUGCCAUUACCUGGCACCACGUCAGUCCCUCGCAGGUUGACAGCAUGUGGCGCUUCCAGAACGAAUGGGUGAAGGAAAACGGAUGGUCAAAACCUUAUCUCUAUCGCGACGUUUACGAUGGCCUCGUAGCUCGGCACGUCUCUGUCAACCGCACCAGUUGGAACAACCUUUCCAAGGAUAAAGAGUUUGUUGCGCCCACACAAGACUCGAGCGAAGAUGACAAGAAGGCCUGGGAGAAAUUGUCAGAUGUCGAAAAGAACUCAGUCAAAAGCUUCGACAACUGUGCUGAAGCCUGUCUCGCAUGGAACAAGUGCUUGCAGUGGAUGCACGAAGACGGAGUUUGCAAGUUGGGCAAGGAUGUUCGACUGGGAGAGACGGACGAACGACACAGCGAUACGUGGUCUUCUGGAUGGUUACAACACCGGAUCCAAGGAAUGCGGGAUAACCUUGCCGACUGCAAGACCAAUUGGGACCACUGA